AUGUCGGUACAAGUUCCGCUUACCAAAGAGACAGAAGUCACAGCUGUCCCACUUGAGAGAAUUGCUGCACAUUCUCACAUCCGUGGCCUUGGUUUAGAUGAUAUGCUUGAAGCACGUCCAAAAUCAGAAGGCUUAGUCGGACAAUGCAAAGCACGUAGGGCUCUUGGUGUCGUCAUGAAGAUGAUCCAAGCCGGAAAAAUCGCUGGCCGUGCAAUUUUGCUUGCAGGACAGCCAGGUACAGGUAAAACAGCUCUUGCACACGCAUUAUCACAAUCACUCGGCCCAGAUACACCAUUUACAUCAAUUACAGGCUCAGAAGUCUUCUCUCUUGAGAUGAACAAGACAGAAGCACUCACACAAGCACUCAGACGCUCAAUCGGUGUUAAAAUCCAUGAAGCAUCUGAAAUUAUCGAAGGUGAAAUCGUUUCAAUUGACAUCGAUGCACCAUCUGGCGAGACAACACAGCGUACAGGCAGGAUUGUUCUUAAGACAACUGAUAUGGAAGCUGAAUAUGAUCUCGGUCCAAGAAUGAUCGAGCAAUUAAAUCGUUUGAAAGCUACAGUUGGUGAUGUCAUUUCCUACGAUCUUGCCACAUCCAACAUGACAAAGCUUGGCCGCUCCUUUGCUCAUGCUCAAGAUUUCGAUGCUGCCGGCCCACAGAUCAAAUACGUCAAUACACCAACAGACGAACUCAGAACAAAGCGCGAAACAGUUCAUACAUUGACACUUCACGAAAUUGAUGUUGUCAACAGCAGAAAUCAAGGUUUCCUUGCUCUUUUCGCUGGUGAUACUGGUGAAAUCAAGCAGGAAGUCAGAGAUUCUGUCAACAACCAAGUUGCUCAAUGGCAGGAUAGCAAGAAAGCUGAAGUUAUUCCAGGUGUUUUAUUCAUCGAUGAAGUUCAUAUGCUUGAUAUCGAAUGCUUCUCAUUCCUUAACCGCGCCAUGGAAUCUGAGAACGCUCCAAUCAUUAUCAUGGCCUCAAACCGUGGUAUUUCAAAGAUUCGUGGUACAGAAGAAUAUUCUCCACAUGGUAUCCCAUUUGAUAUGGUCCAGCGUCUUACAAUCAUCCCUACAGAGCCAUACGCCGAGGAUGACCUCAGACAAAUCCUCGAAAUGAGGUGCACAGAAGAAGAUGUCCAAAUGUCGGACGAAGCCCUCAAACUUCUUACAAAAAUUGCAGAUAAAAGAUCACUCAGAUACGCUAUGCAGCUUAUCGCUACAUCCUCCCUCGUUGCUAAUAGAAGACACAGCGAGGAAGUACAACCACAAGAUAUCACUAAGGUAUUGAAGCUCUUCAUUGAUAAGAAGGUUUCUCAGGAAUACCUCGCACAACAGGAAGCUAAGCUCGGAUACAACGAAGGACAGAAGUUCCAGGAAGAUACUAAUAGUUAUAUUAAGAAUGACCAUGAUUUACAACAGCCAAAGGAUGAUAUUGGCAUUGAACAGAUUAAGGAUGAUGGUGAUGAGGAUGACAAUGAUGACGACGAAGACGAAUUAGAAGAAGAACAAGAUGAAUAA